UAUUCCACAUGUUAUAAGCCCAAAAGUCUGCCGCAUCUGCAAUGCUUCAAGUUACACACAACUGUCCAACACUGUGCAAAUAUAAAAUAAAGCAAUGUGUUCAACCUGGCGUUUGGGUAGAAAAAAAAUAAUCAUGCAUUUUAGAGAGUUAGAGUAUUUUUCAGGACAUAUACAGCACCACGACAGUGUAAUGACAAACCUUUAUCUAUGGUAAUAACGGUUUUGCUUUUACAUUACAGUUUACAUUACAUUAGAUUUUACGCUUUCCUCAUCAGCAGCUGUACAGGGAUGAUUAGUCUGAGACAAACAUUUCAAGAUUGUGACAAAUAAAAUUCAUGUGUAGUGCAUGGCAAGUUUUAACUGAUCCCUGCUGCAGGCUGGAAACUGUAUGAGGGGCUUUCCCCUCUUUCACUUUCUGUUUGUCCGUGUUUUGUGUGUGUGUGUGUGAUAUUCUCAGUGUGUUUUUAAAUUUAACCUCGCACUGAUAAACAGUGUUUUCUUUUCAGGAUUUCACAAAGAUUACCACAAAAGGAGAGCAAAAUGGUGAACUGUGGCCUGUUGACAAACCAGAAUGCUCCAGUUCCACUGAAGCACAUCGAGGUGGAUCUGCAGGUUCAGGGGCAUGUAGCGACGGUGACCUCCAUCCUGCAGUAUAUAAAUGAGGAAGCGCACCCGCUGGAGGCUGUGUUUGUCUUCCCCAUGCCUUCAGGAGCUGCUCUCUGCCAUUUCAGCACCAAGAUUGCAGACCAGGAGAUAGUGGCUGAGGUGCAGGAGAAACAGGAGGCGCGGGAGCAGUACGAUGAUGCAGUGAGUUCAGGUCAACAGGCCUUUCUGCUGGAGGAGAGUGAGGAGUCCGUGGACGUGUUCAAGAUGAGUGUAGGCUCUCUGCCACCAGGCCAGAGCGCUGCCGUCACCUUCAUCUAUAUCACUGAGCUGAGUGUACAGGCUGACCAUUCACUGCAAUUCUGCCUGCCUGCAGUGCUCAACCCCCGUUACACACCAGCCGGUUCAGGUGGUGGUAUAGUGUCAGAGAUAACAUCAAGUUCCUCUGGUAUUCCCUACUCUCUCUCUUUUAUUGCACACGUGAGUUCUCCAAACCCCAUCACUAAAGUGGAGUCCAAAUGUCCUCUAGAGCCCCUGAUGUUCCUCAACACAGACCACACAAAGGCAAAGGUAAGUCUUUGUGCAGGUCAUAUGUUUGAUCGAGAUGUCGAGCUGUAUCUAUAUUAUCAGAAUCCCCAUCAGCUCACUGCUAUAGUGGAGGCUGGAUCUUCCUCAGCACAGCCAGGGACUCUCCUGGGAGACCCUGUGGUCAUGGUCAGUUUCUAUCCAGAGUUUCCUGAGUCAGUGAUGUCCUCCAUGUCGUCGUGUGGUGAGUUUGUGUUUGUUAUGGACAGAUCUGGCAGUAUGAGUUGCAGCAUGCAUAAUGGACGAGGUGCACAAAAACGCAUCGAGUGUGCCAGGGACACUCUGCUCCUGCUGCUGAAGAGUCUCCCCAUGGACUGUUACUUCAACAUCUAUGGAUUUGGCUCUCACUAUGAAUCUUUUUUCCCGAAAAGUGUGCAGUACAGUCAGGACACUAUGGAGCAGGCCGUGAAGAAGGUAAAGGAGAUACAAGCAGACAUGGGGGGCACGGAGAUUCUGCGACCUCUGAAAAACAUAUAUAAACAGCCUUGUAUCCCCAACCACCCAAGACAGCUGUUCAUAUUUACAGAUGGUGAAGUAGGAAACACCAGAGAUGUUCUUCACAGUGUGAAGGGCAAUGCUAAUUUCCACAGAUGCUUCUCUUUUGGGAUUGGUGAAGGUGCAAGUUCGGCACUCAUAACAGGAUUGGCUGAGAACAGCUCUGGCCACGCCCAGUUCAUCACAGGAAAUGAACGCAUGCAGGCCAAAGUAAUGCAGUCUCUUCGCUAUGCUUUGCAACCAGCAGUGACUGAUAUCACUGAGGAUUGGACUGGUUUGUCUUUCACCCGUCUGAGCCCCCCGAUUAAUUCACUUUUCCAUGGUCAAAGAGCACUGAUUUAUGCCCAGUUGAAAGGAGCGGAAUGUCAGAAACCAGAUGCUAAGGGGAAAAUAUCAGUACAGUACCACCUAGGAGACCAAGAGGUCUCAAACAUUGUCCACUUCUCCCUGAAGCCUGCUGAGAAUAGCGGACUGGCCAUCCACAGGCUGGGCGCUCGCUCUCUGAUCCGCUCUCUGGAAAGGGACGAGCAGGAUGAUGGAGCUGAUAAAGAGGCUCUGAAGGCCAGAGUGGUGGAACUGAGUAAGCAGUCUGGAGUGAGCAGCUCUCACACAGCCUUCAUAGCUGUCCAUAAGGGCAGUAGACAAGCUGUGAAAGGACCACUGGUGAAGAGGAGAAUUCCUACACCUAUGAUGAUGGCACGUUCACGGCGCUGUAACCAUGGAUGGACUACAACAGCAGAAGACCACACAAAGUUUCACUCCUGUCAGCAAGAACAGGAAAUUGAGGCUACAGUGGGCACAGGCUCACUAAAACUGGAGAGAGAACGAUUGGAAAUAUGUCACCUGGUCUUUUUCCAAUCUCACCAACACUGUACACACACACACAGAGAGAGAGAAUGAGAAUUCAUGGUUUUAGUGCUUUUAUGCAUAAAUGGCAUACAGCACCAAUAAAGUAUCUAACCUCCUGUUUUUGUCUGUAUAGGUAUAGCGGCCAGUGGGGGACCAUCUGUAAGGACAUGUAUCCGUAAGUAAAUAAACACUGGAGUUUGUUAAUACUUAUAUUAAUCAUUAUUUUAAAACUGCUUCCUCAAAUUCAUGACACUAAUUGUAUUGCAUAUCCUUGUAUGUUGGAAAGCCACUGUCUAUGUCUCAGAGUAAAAUAAAAUAUAUAUGUCAUGUCAUUCUUUUCAUUGUUUAGUCAUGAAAAAUAUGUAAACAUGUAUAAUAAUUUUUUUAAAAAAAGUGCUACAGGAAGCUGAAGCUGGUUUGCUGUACUUCCACUGAGCUCAUUGAGAAUCUAACCUCCUCCAUCCAUACCUGCAUACCUCUUCUAAAUAUUUACUAACAUAUUUUCUUUUUUCUUUUAAAAACCCUUGCCUAAAAUGUGGUGGAAUUCGGCAUGUAGCAGACCUGGGUAAGUGUACAUAACUGUUUGUGCUCUGACAUUAUGUGUAAGUUAAAUGUUUGUACUGUUUCAAUACUUGUUUAUAAUUGGAAAUACAGAAUGUACAUUUUUAUAAUAAAUUAAAAACUUAACAAAAAAAAUUCUACAUGAAGCUCGUAGCUGGUUUGCUGUACUUUCACUGAGCUCAUUGAGAAUAUAACCUCCUUGUUUGAUUCUGUUUAGUUCCUAAAUACAAACAUGAGUUUCAAAAUACUUGAAAAUAUUUCUACACAAACAAAUCUUCAAAUAAGAUUAUUACAAAAAUGAAGCUUUUCUGUAUAUGUACAUUAUAAAAAGCAAAUGAAUCAUUUAACAUCCUGUUUUUGUUUACCUCUGUAUAGAGAAGAGUCAGGUGGCUGCACCAACGAGUCUUUCUAGUUUCUGUAAGUGAAUGCUAGACUAAAUACUUCUUAAAAAUCAUUGUGUACUUCCUUUCAUCUGUAAUAUGCACCUACUGUUGGGGCUUUAAAAGAAGUCAGUAACAUUCCAACUAUUUAUUAAUUUAAAGAAAAAUAAUACAUAAUUUCAACAUAAAUGUAAACAUACAGUAUCUCUGUAAUAAUUUACAUUAAGUUUUCAUGAGCUGACAUAAACACAUUAAUUAACCUGAGAAACACUAAUCUUUAGCCUUACACCACAACAAUCAUUAACAAAAUAACUUAUGGAUUGAUUUGUCUAAAAUAAUAAAUCAAAUAAGCCAAACAGUCAACACCUACAUUAAUUCAAUUAAAUAAAAUUAUACUUGUAUAGCACUUUUAACAAUGGACAUUGUCACAAAGCAGCUUUGUGUCAAUAUCACUAAUUAACUGUUCUUCAAACCACCAAUGAGAAAAAUGAAUCCCAUAUGACAAAUAUGAACCAACAUCUUCAUUUUUAAGUUAUUAAGUGCCAAAAUUCAGAAUCAAGGCUUAAUACUAAAUUUUAACUUCAAUUUAUCAACAUUUAGGAACAUGCACUAAUGUAACUUUUGCUAAUUGGUGUGGAUUGGAGACAUGGAUUGAAUAAACAUUAAUUAAUGGACAUGUACUUCAUUAACAUUUAAAUAAUUUUAAUUAAAAAGUCAAUUAACUUACUUGGUUAAACUAAAUGUAUUAAUGCUGAAGUUUAUAAUUUCUCAGUAUUAACCAUUGCAAUAAUAUUAACUAAUGUAGUAAUUAAUGUUAGUUAAGGGAACUUUAAUGUUUUAUCCAUAUCUGCAUACCUGUUCUAAAUAUUUACUAACAUAUUUUCUUUUUCUUUUCAAAAACUUUGUCUAAAAUGUGGUGGAAUUCGGCAUGUAGUAAGCAAGGGUAAGUGUACAUAACUGAUUAUGCUCUGACAUUAUGUGUAAGUUAAAUGUUUGUACUGUUUCAAUACUUGUUUAUAAUUGGAAAUACAGUAUAUCAUUUUUUUUAUACCACAAUGCUCAAAUCUGAUUGGUUAGAAGGUGUGCAUUAUUUUUCUAUAACAGCACGGGUAGUUCUAGCUAUAACAUGAGCGAUAGGUUUAAUGCACUGGUUCUAAUAGUAAUUGUUACUAUAGUAACAGCUUUUAUGCUGGGACUUGUACAGCGGAUGCUCCACAUAAUCUAAGACUAAUAAUAAAUGGAUUUAAAAACAGGUUGUUUAACAAAAUUAUAAUCCUUGAUGUGAUGGAGAUUUUUGUUAUGAGACAUUUAUUUAACAUUUAUGGAAGGUGUCUGUUGUAAGCACUCUCAGUCUCUCAUUUCUUGGUAAAAUGGCAGGAACUAACUUGUCUCUUGGAUGUGCCACAAUGUAAAAUCUAACUAUAAACCAUUCAAAUGUGCAAUGUGUCAUUCUUUAAUAAAUUAAAUGUUGUAAGUCUGCACUUUGAGCUCAUAUUCAUAUUAAAUUUAAACUCUAAUACAGAUGCAUCUCAAAAAAGUUUAAUACCGUGGAAAGGUUCAUUUUAAUCCGUAAUUUAAUUCAACAAGUGGAACUUUCAUACAUUCUAGGUUCAUUACACAUAAAGUGAAAUAUUUCAAGCCUUUCUUUGUUUUAAUCUUGAAGACUACAGCUUACAGCUCAUGGAAAUCAAAAAUCCAGUAUCUCAAAAUAUUAGAAUAAAGAAUUUAUAAUACAGAAAUGUGGACCUGAUGAAAAUUAUGUUAAUUUAUGCACUCAAUACUUGGUCAGGGCUCCUGUUGAUUUUCACACUAAGCAUCAGAAUGACAAAAAUGUGUCUCAGUGACUUUGACCGUGGCAUGGCUGUUGGUGCCAGUUGUGCUGCUUUGAGUAUUUCAGAAUCUGCUGUUCUCCUGAGAUUUUCACACAAAACAGUAUUUUAAAUUUACACAGAAUGUUGCGAAAAACAAACAAAAAACCCCAUCCUGUGAGUGACGGUUCAUACUUUGUUGAUUAGGGAGAAUGUCCAGACUGGUUCAAGUUGAUAAGAAUACUACUGUAUCUAAAAUAAACACUUGUUACCACCAUGGUGCACAGAAAAGCAUCUCAAAAUACGUAACAAGUCAAACCUUUAGAUGGAUGGACUACAGUAGUAGACGACCAAAUGAGGUUCCACUCCUGUCAGCCAAGAACAGGAAAUUGAGGCUACAGUGGGCACAGGCUCACCAAAACUGGACAGAGGAAGAUUGGAAAUACAACCCCAAUUCCAAAAAAGUUGGGAAGCUGUGUAAAAUGUAAAUAAAAAAACGAAUGCAAUGAUUUGCCAAUCUCAUAAACUCAUAUGUUAUUUACAAUAGAACAUGGAAAACAUAGCAAAUGUUUAAACUGAGCAAAUGUACCGUCUUAAGGAAAAAAUAAGGUAAUUUUAAUUUUGAUAACUGCAACACAUCUCAUAUGUCACCUGGUCU